AUGCAGUUCACCAACACCCUCGCCGUUGCAACCUCCCUCAUCGCCGCCGUCUCCGGCGCCGCGGUCCCCCAGCUCAUCACCCGCCAGAACAACGGCACCACAAACGGCACCGCCCCCGGCCUGCCCGCCGACGCAAAGUUCCAGCUCAUGGCCCUCCGCUCCGCCAGCGAGGUGCACUUCUCGACCUUCCAGGCCGCCAAGAGCUCCAUCUUCCUCCAGCUGCCCAACCAGAACGCCACCUGCGACAGCACCGAGGACGACGACUCGGCCACCUUCACCCUGAACCAGGACGACGGCGGCCUCUACCUCUACGCCGCCUCCGCCACCCCGCAGCAGCUCUACGCCGACCGCUCCGGCAUGGGCCAGGGCAAGCUCGGCUACACCACCGGCGCCCAGCCCGCGCCCCGCAACGGCGAGCGCACCGGCUGGAAGAUUGACCAGUACGGCGACCUCACCCUCGACGGUUCCAGCUUCCUGGCUUGCCCCAACAGCAUCGAGGGCAGCUGGUCUGUCUGGGUUUCCUCUGGUGUCACCAACCCUGCCGGCAACACCGACUGCCUUGGCGUUGUUGUCCGCGCUGUCCAGAUUACCGACCCCAACAGCUGCAGCUACACUUCCUAA